AGAACUCUUAUGGACCUCCUCCCCACCCCUUUUUUCCCUUUCACCAGCUCUCCCAUCAGCACUCUGUCCCUUUAUUAAGUUUCAAGCUUCUUUUCCUCCUGAGCUGAACAACAGGCAUCAAACAGAAGAUUGGACAGGAAACAGACUGGCUCUCCUGGUCCUCUCCUCCAUCUCAGCCCAUCCAUUUAUCUUACCUCACGCCCUCCCCACCCCCACCCUGCAUCACUGCAGAUCUAUUCAUAGCUCUUUUUGUCUAAUUUCAGCAUCCAGCCCACUUGGUUUUUUAUUCCAUUUCUGACUGCUUUUAUUGAGUUUUUCUCAUCCUGAGCAGCAGCUGUGUCUCAAACAGUGUUUAAAAUAGUGCCACAGACUCCUGCACCCAAUUCCUCCUUUAUUUUACCUCCCAGUUUUCCUGCUGGGCCUCGGCCAGUAUGUGGUCCAACUUCUUUGUCCAGCAGGAGGAGGAUGGUCGUAUGGGGGUGGCGGGGGCCGGACAGGCUGGAGGUCUGGCUGGAAUGAAAGGUUUUAGAGGACAAAGGCGGACCAACAAGAUGAGUGACAGCCAGGAGGGUAAGAUCAAGCUGGCCUUCUUUGUGGCUAUUGUCGGGGUGACCCUGACCGUGUUGGGCAUGGGGACAGAGUUCUGGGUUGAGCUGGCCCAACCGAAGCACUUCAGUGGCAACCAGACCUGCCAGAUGGCCCAUUACGGCCUGUGGAAGGGCUGCGUCCGCACACUGUGGGUGGCUGACAUCGACCCAGAGAGGAUGAGCUGCGGCCCCGCUGAACUACCUGGAGAUCUGAAUCUCGCAGCAGCUGUCCUGGCCCUGCUGAGUCUCACCAUGAUGGUGAUGGGCUCCAUCUGUAUCGCCAUGUCUCUCAGCAAAGGGGUGGUCUUCUUCCUCAAACCAGCUUCCUUCUGUUUCAUUCUAUCAGGAGUUCUGGUCCUUCUAUCAGUUCUGAUUUUCCACCAGUCAGUUUUGGCGCUGCUGUCCAGUGACCACUCCAUUCCUCUUCACCACGAGCUGUCUUGGUCCGUGGCCUGCGUCGGCUCGGCGGGAGCCAUUCUCAUUUUCGGAGGUUUCCUUUUCAUCAUCCUUGCUCUUCCUUUUAGCCCCUGGCAGAAAUGUUUGCCACACAAGAAUAACACCACUUAGUUCUUGAAAGCAGUCACAUGAGCAAAGUAUUCUUAAGGUUUGAGAGCAAGUGUAAACCAAUUUCCCACAGCUGUGUGACUUUGAGCUUGCUCUUGGCAUCUAAUUUGCUAUAAAAAGUCACACCAGGUCUUAAUUACAAAUACAAAAAAUGAGCCAGCAGCACAGACAGAACAUAGUAAAGCCUCUAAGUAGAGUUCACAACAAAUUUUUAACAUUAUUUUUAGUAGUUGGAUGCACAGAGCUGAUGAAUAUUUUAAAAUUAAAGUUGUUUUCAUUAGAAAAUAGUGUCACAAAUAGUCUUGUUUGCAAACCAGCAGCUGCAAAUGAAUUUAUUUUUACUAACACUUUUCUACUUAAUUUUUUUACAGUCAGUUUUCUAUGAAACUCUAACUGCAUCAACCAGUAAAAGUACAACAUAAAUGGUUAAAGCCCUGGAAUAUUCAAGUCCUUACGCAGAUCCAUAUGUGUAAAAUGUUCAAACUGGUUUAUUUAGAUUUUACUGUGACAGUUCCCCAGUUUAAAGGUGAAACAGUGACUUAUUGAGACCAUGUGUGAACAGAGCAAAUUAUUGUCCAAAGGUUUAAACAUAAGCAAGUCUGUGUGCUGGUGAUUUUUUGUAACAUUUUACUUUUGUUCUGCUUUUUCUGCUCCUUUGUUGACCCUGUGAAUAUUCACCCAUUCAUUUCUUUUACGUGCUUUUCCUCUCGGGGUCACUGAGGGAGCUGGUGUCUGAGUCCAGUGGUCACAGGUGGGGACACCCUGGACCACAGAGACAUGUGAGACAACCACUCACGUCUGGGGAUAAUUUAAAGUUACCAGUUAAACUAAAAUGUAUUUUUUUUCUUUCUCUGUGGGAGGAAAACCCACAUGUGCAUAGGGAGAACAUGUAAACUCCACACAGGAACCUGUGAUCUUCAUGCUGUGAAGCAACAACUCUAACCACUAUGCACCAGAAAUCAAGACAGUGUAGUUUUCUAAUCAUUUUUUUCAUGAUUAUUGUGUCCUGGUCAGCUUGUUCUUAUCCAAGGACAUCAAAAUUCUGUUGUGUCAUCACAACCCACUGCUGUCUUUUGAAGCACCAACACUAAUUAAUAAGGCUUAACUAUCAAAACAGGAAGUUGGAAAGUACACUCAGUAAAUUUUGAGUGUGUUGAUUUUAGUUCAAUAACCUGAUGCUAAAGGAUCCGAGCUGAUUGUAGCUCACAGCAUCACAGGAGGGCCUGCAGGAUGUCAACAUUUCUCGGUGUCUUCAAAUCACUGCUGCAGACGUUUUAUGGGAUAACGCCAUGAUUACUUUUGCUUGUUCUUUCGGCUGCUCCCUUCUGCAGGGGUCGCCACAACAAACAAACUCGUAUAAAAGAUUCAGCAUUGCUCCACACCAGACUAUAAACUUCCUGAUUCAACCUCGGCUCAAACUGUCAGCCUCAGGAUUAUGAGACCGCGCCACUGACCACUGAGCUACCAUUCAGUGCUUUUCUUUAAAGUUUUGUUUGUCACUGCUAAUUCCUCACAUGUAUUUCUCUGCUGCUGGGUGACUGCAGCCUCAGACUGUCAGGUAAACAGAAUAAAAUGCAAACAGUACAUCUGAGGACUGAACAAAAACACUUUAUAAGCUCAGCUAUGUAUAUAAAUUAAGUAUGCUUGUGUUUUAGGACUGUAUACUGCUUGUAGUAAUCAGUGACUUCAUUUGCAGCACAUAUUUAUAAAUGUAUUUUACUUCAUUUUUGUCCAAAGCAUCUCAUCUUCUCUGUCUGGCAGUAAAAGCUUUUUUUGUUAUACAUAACUGUGAUGUUUUCCUCAUGUGUGUGCAGUCUGUGUCAUCUCUUUUGCCUAUUAUUAAACUGAUUUGACAUGAAA